AUGAAUUCUGCCGUUCUCAGCCAUCAAGUUGCACUCGCACGUGCUCUGCGAUCAGCCGUGCUCGCGUCGCCCGCACGCACCGCCCUCCUGGCGACUUGUGCUGCCGAGUCAUCACAUGCUGCCACGGGCAGUUCCAACACUGGCGCUGGUCGCCAGAGCCCCGCAAGCCCGCCGUCGACCUCCGGAUUGGCGAACAUGCAACGCAAGGACCUAUACAUGCCAAGCUCAAGCCUCGAGGGCGAUCACUUUUCGGUCGACGUUCGGCCCGCUGCAAAAGGUCCCGGCCAGCCGAUCGACGCCGACCUGUCCCAGCUCCCGCCCAUUCCGCCCGUGGUGCGCGGCCCCGAGACGCGCCAAGUCAAGAUUGCCCGCCUGCUGUACCAGACCCGCAAGCGAGGCAUUCUCGAAAACGACCUCCUACUGAGCACCUUCUUUGCCGAGCACGCCAACGCGCUCAGCGACGCGCAGCUGCAGACCUUUGACAAGCUCCUGGACCAGAUCGACUGGGAUAUCUACUACUGGAUUACCAAGGCGCGUCCCGUUCCGCCGGAAUUCGAUACGGACGUGAUGGCGUUGAUUCAAGCACACACCUUGGCACGGCGCAACGGCCCUUUGCGCCAGCCCUCCACCCCACAAGUCAAGUCACAAUGA